ACAUCACACCAACCUAACAUCAUUGCUACUCAGCAGGCUAAAAAAAUACACGAUUUUUUUUCUACCAUGGUCACUCCCUAUCUAUGGUUAAAGUUUUAUAAGUUUAUUUAGUUGAAACUUGAAAACAGGCUCGUAGAAAUUUUGGGUUUCACAUCUCUCUGUGUCUACGGUUUGGAGAGAGAAGAAGGAAGAGAAGAAAUUAGGGCUGGCUCAUAGGUAUUAGGGUUUAUAGAGAGGGAAGAAAAAAGAAGAAGAGGUCAUCGGCUUCACACACCCUGGAAGAGGCCCUCACUGAUUUUUAGAGAGAGAAAAGGAAGAUGGGAUGCUGAUUUGGGAUAGUUUGAAGAGGGUUUUUCUCUGUGAUUUUCUCUGAUUUGGGAUGUUGUUUGAGAGAAAGUCCUAACUAUACUGAUUUGUGAAGACGCCCUAACUGAUUUUGAGAGAGAGAGAAAAGGAAGAGGGUUUUUUAUUUUCUUGGGGAAACAGCAAGCAGAGCUGAAGGAUUAGGUUUGGGGAACUAAUCCUAUAUGUACAAUUGCUUGCUCCGGUGGGGCUUUCUUUCUCCUCCUGUGAUUUCUUUCAGCACUCUCUCCAUUCUAUCGAAGAAACCCUAAAGCUAUUUGACAUUGAACAGAAAACAUGGUUUUUGUAAGACUUUUUGACAAUAGGACUUUGGCCUUGGACUGCCCCCCUCAUUCCACUGACCUCAGAACCCUAAAACUCGUGGUGGAAGCCAGAGUGGGAAUCCCUGCCUCCCUACAGCGCUUUCUCUUCUCCACAUCGAUGCUCCUCCAUCAAUGUCCAGGGGAGAAGAAGCUUUCGGAAAUGGGUAUUCUUUGUGAUUCCACCCUCAUGCUUCAUCUUCCUCUUAUGGGGGGAAUGCAAGCUCCAGUUGUCCCCAAGCCCCGGCUCGAAUUCCUUAACACGAAACCUCCACCGAAUUACGUGGCUGGUCUCGGUCGAGGUGCCACUGGCUUCACCACCCGGUCUGAUAUUGGCCCUGCAAGAGCUGCCCCUGACCUUCCGGACCGCGCGGCCACCACCAUCGGUGGGGCUGCCAUUGGGCCGCCAGGGGGCAUUGGCCGUGGUCGAGGGAGGGGUGCAGGUGGCCCUGAGGAUGAAGAAGAUGACGAGGCUGAUGAGAAGGGCUACGACGAGAACCAGAAGUUUGACGAGUUCGAGGGGAAUGAUGUUGGCCUUUUUGCAUCAGCGGAGUAUGAUGAGGAUGACAAGGAGGCGGAUGCGGUAUGGGAGAGCAUCGACAAGCGCAUGGAUUCGAGGCGGAAGGACCGGAGGGAGGCGAGGUUGAAGCAGGAGAUUGAGAAGUACAGGGCUUCCAACCCCAAAAUCACUGAGCAAUUUGCUGAUUUGAAGAGGAAGCUACAUACUAUGUCGGCGCAGGAUUGGGACAGCAUACCAGAGAUUGGGGACUACUCUCUGAGGAACAAGAAGAAGAGGUUUGAGAGCUUCGUGCCAGUUCCUGACACUCUGCUUGAGAAGGCUCGUCAAGAGAAAGAGCACGUCACCGCCCUCGAACCCAAGAGCAUGGCGGCCGGUGGGACAGAGACCCCAUGGGCACAGACCCCUGUGACUGACCUCACAGCGGUGGGUGAAGGAAGGGGCACCGUUUUGUCAUUGAAGUUGGAUAGGCUAUCUGAUUCAGUGUCGGGUUUGACGGUGGUGGAUCCCAAGGGGUACCUGACCGACCUCAAGAGCAUGAAGAUCACCAGUGAUGCUGAGAUUUCAGACAUCAAGAAGGCGAGGUUGUUGCUGAAAUCUGUGACGCAGACUAAUCCCAAGCACCCCCCUGGAUGGAUUGCAGCCGCAAGGUUGGAGGAGGUCGCUGGCAAGAUCCAGGCAGCGAGACAUCUGAUUCAGAAGGGGUGCGAGGAGUGUCCCAAGAAUGAAGAUGUGUGGCUCGAGGCAUGUAGGCUGGCGAGUCCUGAUGAAGCCAAGGCCGUGAUCGCGAGGGGUGUCAAGUCGAUUUCCAACUCGGUGAAGCUGUGGAUGCAGGCAGCAAAAUUGGAGCAUGACGACGCGAACAAGAGUAGGGUGUUGAGAAAGGGGCUCGAGCACAUUCCCGAUUCUGUGAGGUUGUGGAAGGCAGUGGUGGAACUUGCUAACGAGGAGGAUGCGCGACUGUUGCUUCAGAGAGCCGUUGAGUGUUGUCCUCUUCAUGUUGAGCUGUGGCUUGCACUUGCGAGGCUUGAGACCUAUGACCAAGCAAAGAAGGUUCUCAACAAGGCGAGGGAGAAACUCUCUAAAGAGCCAACCAUUUGGAUAACGGCCGCGAAGCUUGAGGAGGCGAAUGGGAAUACUGCCAUGGUGGGGAAGAUCAUUGAAAGGGCCAUCAGAUCUUUGCAAAGAGAAGGAGUGGUCAUUGACAGGGAGGCUUGGAUGAAGGAGGCAGAGGCAGCGGAGCGUGCCGGUUCAGUAGCAACUUGCCAGGCUAUAAUUAAGAACACUAUCGGUAUCGGCGUGGAGGAAGAAGAUCGCAAGAGAACUUGGGUUGCCGAUGCUGAGGAAUGCAAGAAGAGGGGCUCUAUUGAGACUGCCAGAGCAAUCUACGGCCAUGCGCUUACUGUGUUCUUGACAAAGAAAAGCAUAUGGCUCAAGGCUGCACAGCUCGAGAAGAGUCAUGGGACCAGAGAGUCCCUCGAUGCCUUGCUGAGGAAGGCUGUCACGUAUAGACCACAGGCCGAGGUGCUUUGGUUGAUGGGUGCAAAGGAGAAAUGGCUGGCGGGUGAUGUGCCUGCUGCCCGAGCGAUCCUGCAAGAGGCAUAUGCUGCAAUUCCUAACUCGGAGGAGAUCUGGCUUGCCGCCUUCAAGCUUGAAUUCGAGAAUCAUGAGCCUGAGAGAGCGAGGAUGCUUCUUGCCAAGGCGCGAGAGAGGGGAGGAACCGAGAGGGUCUGGAUGAAGUCAGCGAUCGUUGAGAGAGAGUUGGGGAAUGUUUCUGAGGAGAGGAGGUUGUUAGAGGAGGGGUUAAAACUCUUCCCAUCCUUCUUCAAAUUGUGGCUCAUGCUUGGGCAGCUGGAGGAACGCAUUGGUAACCUGGAGAAAGCCAAGCAAGUGUAUGAAUCGGGUUUGAAGCACUGCCCAAACCCGACUUCUGUUCCCCUGUGGCUCUCUGUUGCUAAUGUGGAGGAGCGUAUGAAUGGGCUCAGUAAAGCAAGGGCAGUCCUUACAACUGCUAGGAAGAGGAUCCCUCAAAACCAACAUCUUUGGUUGGCCGCCAUUAGAGCAGAAGCCAGGCAUGGGAAGAAGAAGGAAGCUGACGUCCUUUUGGCAAAGGCAUUGCAGGAGUGCCCCACGAGUGGGAUCUUGUGGGCAGCUUCCAUAGAGCUGGCUCCUCGACCCCAGCGCAAAUCUCGGAGUUCAGAAGCUGUGACGCGAUUAACUCAGGAUCCAUACGUGACUGCAGAGGUGGCCAUUCUGUUCUGGCAGAAAAGAUCAAUUGACAAGGCCCGGACUUGGUUUAACAGGGCAGUCACACAUGACCCUGAUAUUGGGGAUUCUUGGGCCCUAUACUACAAGUUUGAGCUUCAGCAUGGGACUGAGGAUAGCCAGAAAGAUGUCCUCGAUCGAUGCGUCUCUGCUGAGCCGAGGCAUGGACCGAGAUGGACGCAGGUUUCUAAGGCCAUUGAGAAUUCUCAUCAGCCAAUCGAGGCUAUCCUAAAAAAGGUGGUAGUUGCCUUGGGGAAAGACGAAGGAUUUGUGGUCCCUGAAUGUAAAUAUUAAGAUAGUGUUGGUGUGGGACAUUUGUUCUUCCAUGCUUUCUACAUUUUCUUCUUUUGUAGCUUAUGGUAUCCUUUUUUUUAAAACAAUUUUACUUACUAUGACUAGUGCAGAAGAGUGUUUAGUGAUGCUGAGGUGGGGUUUGGAAUGUAGAUGAAAUAGAUUGUUUUUCCAUGGUCAUAUGACUGCUACAGAUGAAACUGUUCUUGCAAGAACCUAUUUGGUUAAGUUUCAUUUCUUUGUUGCA